AUGCCCGAACCUCCACAGCAACAUGAUCUGCAUUGUCUUUCUCCGAGCUAUUCCAUAACGGUCGAAAACACCGUUAAAUGCCUAGCAGAUGAUCUAGGAAGUCCGAAUCUCACCCAAAGACCAUUAGACAAUCUAAGGAGUGAGAGCACCGUUCGUCCCACGGGAGGAUUGGAUCGGACCAUGUUGGGAAUACCAACUUCGACGCCCUUGUCUCUGCAACCUUCACUUGAAGAUGUUAUGGACCAGGUUGUCGCAUCCUUUAGAGAUCUCCUCUAUAAUCAGACAUCUAGUCCUGAUCGAAUCUUACAAGCGUUGCAGCACAUUGAGACGAUCAAAAACUUCUUUGGUUCAAAGCUCUCACUACCUUCGACUUCAUCAACUGGGUCCUCAGAACGAGGAAGAAAAUUGUUUCAAUGUUGGCAGUGUGAUCCUCAGAAGGAUAAAACAACAUUUUCAAAAUUUGGUACCUUCAAGAGACAUUUGACUAAGCAUGAUAUACUCGACUGCGGGUGGCGAUGUCCUGAGCCUGGUUGCUCCGUGGUUGUCCACCGGCGAGAUAAAAUGCAUGAUCAUCUCCUUCUCAAACACAAGAAAAUCAGCCUUACCCCAGCCAACGUGGAAGCAACUCGAGAGAGAUAUCCACAUCCACCAAGCUGCCGCUUUUGCUCCCGGAAGAUAUCUUCUUGGUUUAUGUAUUUCAAGCACAUCAAGUACCAUUGUCUCAUUCCCACUGGUUCUACGAAUGCCCCGACAGACGAGGACUGGUCUUGUCACGGCGACAACGGUGGCGGGAACGUCGGGUACGGCGAUAGCCAUUGUCAUGGGUCUUCUUUUGCCGGACCCAGCAACUCGAACGGGGAUACCAGUCUAACCGAUCAAGCAAAUGGACUGGGAGGUCUUACUGAUUCCAGCAUCAGCUCCGAACGCUUCGGAAGCGUGGGUAAGGCGCGUCCUGGUCUCAUCUCGCACUCUGUUUCUGACGACGAGCUUAGACCGAUUUUCAAUUGA